AUGUUCCACCACGACCUCAAGGAGAAAGUCAAAGGUGCCACGCACUUGUGGUCUCUGGUGAUGGUCGUUAUUAAUCAAAACACAUCACUUGGGGUUGUGGAAACUCAGCCAUUCUCAGUGGUGGAUGAUAAGUUUGUCAAGGAACCAGUGAAAAUGCAGAUGCAGAUUGAAAAUACUAACAGAUGCAGAAAUCCUUGCUUGGAACUUGAAACAACGAGGAGGAGGAGGAGGAGGAUGAUGAUGUCCAGUCUUCCAAGUGAAUUGGUGGAGGAGAUUAUAUCUAGGGUUCCGGUGAAAUCUAUGGGAAUAGUUCGAUCAACUUGUAAAAAGUGGGAUUCUUUAUCUAAAGAUGAGAGCUUUACAAAAAAGCACAUGUGCCAAGUAGCAGCAUCAACAAGGGAAGUAGAGUUUCUGAUGAUCACGGAUCAUAGGGUUGAGUUGGGUAGCGUCAAUCUCAAUGAAAAUCACAACAACAACAACAACAACUACUACUUUGAUAUGUCCAUAAACCCUAAAGGUACACUUAUUAGCCGACAAUGUUCAGAUCCAAUACUCCCAAUAUCUAAAGUCUUUCAAAGCAACGGUUUAGUGCUGUGUGUAUUCAAAAACAUCUAUAAUAGGCUUGCGGUUUGGAGCCCUUAUUGGGGGAAAAGAAGAUGGAUCGAACGCUCGGAAGAUGACUUGGGAUUAGUAGACAAGUUUGCUUUCGGAUACGACAAAUCCUGCGGCAGCUACAAAAUCUUGGUGAUCUUUGUCAAUAAGAAUCAGGUCGAAAUCUAUGAUUCAAGCUCUAAUUCAUGGAGGGUUCUUAAUACGACUCUUGACUGGAAUAUGUUUAGUGAGUAUGGUAUACGUAAGGGAGUGUCUUUGAAGGGAAAUACUUACUGGUAUGCAGAAAAAGGUUUACUAUGUUUUGAUUUUACAAGAGAGAGCUUUGGACCGUAUCUGCCUCUGCCAUCUGACUAUAGCUAUGAUUGCUAUGUGUUUCUAUCUGCGGUUAGAGAAGAGCAGCUUGCUCUGUUAAUGAAACCGUGGGGUCCGUCUGAGAACAAGGUUUGGGUUACGAAUAAAAUUGAGCCUGAUGUGGUGUCGUGGAUCAAGCCACAUGGUUACUUAUCAGGGUCUGAAACUUUCUUCAUCGAGGUGAAGAAAAUCAUUGUGUUAUCUCGUGAAAUGGGGAAGUUUCAAACUUGCAACAUAGCUUACAUCACUGGAGAGAAUGGUUUGAUCAGAAGUGUGAAUCUCGGAAUGUCUGGAGAUGUACAACAACUUCACCAAUUUGUGUACUCUUACUCUCCAAAUUCUUUGCAAAUCAAGUAA